GCAUGUAGAGGGGCGGGGCUCAGACUUGACGUGCUCGUACUAGUGAAGCACGUUGACGCUUAGCACGCACGGCUUUCAAGAUGGCGGCGACCAAGGAAGGCGGUGGUGUGGCUGGUUUCAGGAAGGGGCACCUGGGCAUCCCCGAAGCCGUGUUUGUGGAAGAUGUAGAUUCCUUUAUGAAGAAACCUGGCAAUGAGACAGCUGAUGUAGUGCUAAAGAGGCUAGAUGAACAGUACCAGAAAUACAAGUUUAUGGAAUUAAAUCUCUCUCAGAAGAAGAGAAGGCUUAAAAGUCAGAUCCCAGAUAUUAAACAGACACUAGAAAUUUUAAAGCAUAUGCAGAAGAAAAAGAAUACUACUGAACCAAUGGAAACAAGGUUUUUGCUGGCAGAUAAUCUGUAUUGUAAAGCAUCAGUUCCACCAACAGACAAAGUCUGCCUAUGGCUUGGGGCCAAUGUAAUGCUUGAGUAUGAGAUUGAUGAAGCUCAGGCUUUACUAGAAAAGAAUCUGUCUACAGCCACAAGGAAUCUUGAAUCAACAGAAGAGGACCUUGACUUCUUGCGGGACCAGUUCACCACCACUGAAGUCAACAUGGCAAGAGUUUACAACUGGGAUGUAAAGAGAAGAAACAAGGAUGAUCCCUCUAAAAGCAAAGCAUAGCUGAGCCUCUUUUAACUAGACUUAAAAAUUUCCAGACACAGAUUGUUUGUUUGUUUUAGACAAUUCCCAGUUUGUGUGGGCACUUGGGAUGGACAUUACAUUGUGGCCCUGCCUUGGCCCUCCCUGUCACUAUCCCUUAAAACAGACACUUCUCCCCCCCCCCCCCCCUUAUUUAUUCAUCCAUAGUGAAACCUCUUUAAGACCACCCAAAUUGUAUUAAGUGGACUUCUUAAAAGAAAAAGCACUAUGCAUCAUGCAUGCUGGACUAUAGUCAUGAGAAAUCUUGUCUGGAUAAGGGGAUGGUCUUCUGCAGAGGUUUCACUGUAGCCCCAUUACAUGCAUGCCCCUUGGUUUAUGGUAAUUUAACAAUAAGGAUAGGAUAAGAAUUAUAACAGAAAGGAUAAGAAUUAUUGGCUUCUUGUAUGGCCACUUAGUAAAUUAGGUCUGAGUAAUAAUGUAUGUGAUGUUUAGAAAGGUAUCAGCACGUGUUGUGUACUAUACACCUGGAGAGUGUUAAUAAAUCCACUAAGUGCC